CACGGCCUCCCGUCCCUCACCACGCCUGCGCCUGCCUUUGUUUGCCCCCGUAACAAAACGUUGCGACGCUGGCGACCGCAUCGUCUCUGCCUCGCCUCCCUCUUGCUUGCCUCCUCCGCCGCCUCGCCAGCGACCCUGCCGCCGCGCCUUAACGCCGGGCGGGCGUCCCUGCCUCUGCUUUUACCGUUGCCUUGCCGCCGCGGAAGACCGCGGGCCGACGGCCGCGACGACCAUGGCGGCGACCGCGGAUCCGAGGGCGAAGCCGCCGGCCGCUGCGUCGCACCACCUGAAGCCGUGGGCGCCUACGCCACCGCCCCGCGCCCACCGCGUGCCUUCCCUCCCGGCUGUUUCCGGAGGCGGGGCACGCGAUCGGCGCCGCUCCUCGUCGUCGCACCGACGUGGCGGCGCCGACGCCGUAGAGGAGGAGCCUUGCGACGGGCGGCUGGAAGAUCUCCGUGCUAAGCUCAUGGACCACCUCCGCGACGCCGCCGACCGCCUCCGUCUGCCCCCACCGAAGCCGCAGCCUAGGCCGCCGGAGCCCGAGCCCGAGCCUCCGGCAGCGCCGUUUCCACAGCCCCCGCCGCCCCAGCAGCAGGACGCGACCCCCGCGGCUACGGCUGCCAGGCCGUGGAACCUGCGGGACCGGAAGCGCCGGCCAACGGCACGUGGGGCGGCACUUGUCGCGUCGCCCGCGUCGUCGCCGUGGGAGUCGGCGGCCAACACGCCGCGGGGCGGCGAGCGCGCGCCGUUCGCGGUGGCUCUGACGGCCGAGGAGGUGGAGGAGGACGUCUAUGCCCUGACCGGCGCCCGGCCGCGGCGGCGUCCCCGGAAGCGGCCGCGCGUCGUGCAGCGGCAGCUCGAUUCACUGUUCCCUGGGCUGUGGCUGACCGAGAUCACCGCUGACGCCUAUAAGGUCCCCGACGAGUAGCAAGCAAGCCGCCACCUGCUCCGACCGGCCAGCUAGUUCUUCACCAUUCUACCAUCUCAUGAGUCACCGCACCAAAGCAUCGUCUGUCUGUAACCAGUCUUAGUCGAUUGAUAGGUACAUGUGCUCGCCAUGUCCAUCUCUUGUAACCUUUUCCCCUUAAAAUCUAAGCAGUGUAUCGAUUGAUCUCUCACUCUCCGAGGUACAGUAGGGUGCGCGGCGUGGUCGCAUGCUUGUAAUCCACUCCUGAGUCCUUAUCCAUCCAUCCAUGUAUGCUUCCUUC